AUGAACAUUGAAGGUCAUGUCAGAAACUUUGAAACAUAUAAACUACCAGCAAUGUUAGAUAAGAAAGCAGAUAAAGAACAUACACAUAACUCCUUCUCAACUGUUGCUAUAGAAAGUAUUGAAGGAACGGUUGGCGGAACUGGUGGGGAUGCAUUAUAUUAUAAACCUCCUAACUUUCCACAAGGUUUAACAUCGAAUGAAAACUUAACAACGAAGAAAGAAAUUAGCUGUAAAAAUGUUUAUGUCAUGAAUGAUGAAAAUAAUGUUAAAUUCACUGCUCAAGAGUUAUAUGAUAAGAAAGCUGACAAAACAGAGCUUCAAACAUUAAAGACUGAAAUAUUGCAAGCUAUAUAUCCUGUUGGUUCUUUAUAUACAUCAAUGAAUUCAACAAAUCCCGCAACAGUUCUGGGUUUUGAUACAUGGCAGCAGAUUGUAGACAAAUUCUUAUACUGUGCUAACUCUUCAAAGCAAACAGGAGGGUCAAAGAAAAUUACUGAAGCAAACUUACCUGCGCACACUCAUACAGGAACUACAAACUUUUCUGGCGACCAUAGCCACUCAUUAAGAGACCACCCAUUAUACAACUCAGACUAUAAAGCUGGCAAUGACGUUUUAUCUCCAUCUUAUAACAAUUCAGCAAAAAAGACUUUUCGACCAACUGAACCAGGAGGAAAUCAUUCACAUACAUUUACAACAAAUCCAACAGGUUCGGGUGAAGAUUACAUGCCACCAUUUAUGACUGUAUUCGCAUGGUACCGCGUUCAAUGA